AAUGGGGCAGGGCUGCCAGAGACAGUGGCUGGCUCCCCAACAGCGAAAAUAAUAAUUGUCUCAAGAAACAGUUUCCCGUUACACUGACGAACCGAUGGAUCCCAACAGGAUAAUCCAGGCGCUAAAGGGAACAUUAGACCCUAGCCUAAGGAUAGCGGCGGAGAAUGAACUCAAUCAGUCCUACAAGAUCAUCAACUUUGCCCCCACCUUGCUGAAGAUCAUCGUCUCAGAUCAGGUGGAGUUCCCCGUGCGACAGGCAGCUGCCAUAUAUUUGAAGAACAUGGUGUGCCAGUACUGGCAGGAUCGGGAGCCGUCCCUGGGAGAGGUUGUGUUCCCUUUCAACAUCCACGAGAAUGACAGACAGCAGAUCAGAGACAACAUCGUGGAGAGCAUCAUCCAGUGUCCGGAGUCCAUCCGGGCUCAGCUGACGGUCUGCCUCCGCGCCAUCAUCAAGCACGACUUCCCUGGCCGCUGGACCGCCAUUGUGGACAAGAUCGGCCUGUACCUGCAGUCUCAGAACACUGCCAGCUGGUAUGGCAGCCUGCUCGCUCUCUACCAGCUGGUCAAGACCUAUGAGUAUAAGAAGGCAGAGGAGAGGGAUCCCCUCCUGGCUGCCAUGCAGGUCUUCCUGCCCCGGAUCCAGCAGCAGGUCACCCAGCUGCUGCCAGACGCCACCGUAUUCUCCGUGCUCAUCCAGAAACAGAUCCUCAAGAUCUUCCACGCGCUCGUGCAGUACUCCCUCCCCCUCCAGCUGAUCAACAACACUAUUCUGACCCAGUGGAUGGAGAUCCUGAGAGCUGUCGUGGACCGGGACAUUCCCCCUGAGACACUGGAAGUGGACGAGGAUGACCGGCCGGAGCUGGUGUGGUGGAAGUGUAAGAAGUGGGCACUGCACAUCCUCACCAGGCUGUUCGAGAGAUACGGAAGCCCAGGCAACGUGACGAAGGAAUAUUUCGAGUUCGCAGACUUCUUUCUGAAGACAUUUGCAGUGGGGAUCCAGCAGGUUCUGCUGAAGGUGGUGGACCAGCACAGACAGAAAGCGUACGUCACCCCCCACGUCCUGCAGGAGGCGCUGAACUACCUGAACCAGGGCGUGUCACACUCCCUCACCUGGAAGCAGAUGAAGCCGCACAUGCAGACUAUCAGCGAGGAGGUCAUCUUCCCCCUCAUGUGCUAUAAAGACGAGGACGAGAAGCUGUGGCAGGAGGACCCUUACGAGUACAUCCGCAUGAAGUUCAACAUCUAUGAUGACCACGCCCUCCCCACCACCGCUGCCCAGCGCCUGCUGUGCAAAGCGGCCAGGAUGAGAAAGGAGGUCCUGCCCAAGAUGAUGGAGUUCUGCCACCAGAUCCUGAUGGACCCCAACGCUGACCCCCGAAGGAAGGAUGGAGCACUGCAUGUCAUAGGCUCACUGGCAGACCUCCUACUCAAGAAGCGGGUCUACAAGGACCAGAUGGAGCUGAUGUUACAAAACUAUGUGUUCCCGUUGCUGAAUUCCAACCUGGGGUAUCUCAGAGCCAGGUCCUGCUGGGUGCUGCAUUCGUUCAGUCCGCUGCAGUUCCAUAAUGAGCUGGUUCUGCGCAACGCCGUGGAGCUGGUCAGGCAGAACCUCGUCAACGACAAGGAGAUGCCGGUCAAAGUGGAGGCGGCCAUCGCCCUGCAGACCCUCGUCACCAACCAGGAGCAAGCCAAGGGCUACAUCAGGCCCCACAUUCGCCCCGUGAUGCAGGAGCUGCUCCACGUCGUCAAGGAGACCGAGAACGACGACCUCACCAGCGUCAUUCAGAAGAUGAUCUGCGAGUACAACGAGGAGGUGGCCGUCAUCGCCAUCGACAUGACGAGGAACCUGGCGGAGAUCUUCAGUAAGGUCCUGCAGAGCGAGGAGUACGAGGAGAGCGAGGACAAAACCGUGAUGGCUCUGGGCAUCCUCAGCACCAUCGACACCAUCCUCACCGUCAUGGAGGACCACAAAGAGAUUACUCAGCAGCUGGAGGGAAUCUGUCUCCAGGUGAUUGGCUUGGUUCUGCAAAAACCUAUCACAGAGUUCUACGAGGAGAUCCUGUCCCUGGCCUUUGGACUCACCUGCCAGACCAUAUCUCCCCAGAUGUGGCAGCUCCUGGGGGUUCUGUAUGACGUCUUCCAGCACGACUGCUUUGAUUACUUCACAGACAUGAUGCCUCUUUUGCACAACUACGUGACGGUGGACACAGACACCCUGCUCUCCAACCCCAAGCACCUGGAGGUCAUUUACACCAUGUGUAAGAAGGUCCUGACCAGUGACGCGGGUGAGGACGCGGAGUGCCACGCUGCCAAGCUGCUGGAGGUGAUCAUCCUUCAGUGCAGAGGGCGGGGCAUUGACCAGUGCAUCCCGCUGUUUGUGGAGGCGGUUCUGGAGCGGUUGACGCGGGGCGUGAAGUCGAGCGAGCUGAGGACCAUGUGCCUGCAGGUGGCCAUCGCCGCCCUGUACUACAGCCCCUCCCUGCUGCUCCACACCCUGGAGAGCAUCCGUUUCCCCCAGAGCCCUGAGCCAAUCACAGCGCAGUUCAUCAACCAGUGGAUGAACGACACCGAGUUCUUCCUGGGGCUUCAUGACCGGAAGAUGUGCAUCAUUGGGCUGAGCGUGCUGAUGGAGCUGCCCAGCCGGCCGGCUGCUGUGGAGGGCGUGGCGGCCCAGAUCGUGCCCUCCAUCCUGCUCCUUUUCCUGGGCCUCAAGCACGUCUAUGCCUGCCGGGUCCUGAACAAGCCGGACAUCCUGGCCAAGAGGCCCGUCUCUGAGGAGGAGGAGAAUGAGGAGAUCCCCAGCGAGGAAGACGAGGUGAACGAGAACCAGCAUGCCAUGCAGGAGACGCCCAGCGUGCCGGGGGGGCAGGACGAGGAGGGCGACGACGAGGACGACGAAGACUACUGGGACGAGGAAGGUCUGGAGGGGACCCCGCUGGAGGAGUACAGCACCCCACUGGACUAUGACAAUGGGGAGGACGAGUACCAGUUCUUCACUUCUGCCCUGCUGAGGGUCCAGAACACAGACAUGGCGUGGUACCAGACGCUCACCGCGCCCCUCAGCGAAGACCAGAAGAAACAGCUGCAGGAGAUCUACAACCUGGCCCAGCAGAGGAGGAGCACGGGGGUCAAAGGUCAAUGAACGGCGGCGGGCCAGAGCGGCACCGGCAAGCUGGCCUGGAACUGUAGCACGAGUCCCGCUGAAAUGUGAGCGGAUUUAAUCCUGGGACUGACCACCUGUAGGAAGCCAUCGCGGACUGGUCCUCCAUGACACUCCGUACAAGUCUAGAGCCGCUGCCCCCUGGUGGGGGGCAGGGGUUGUUCUGUGUCUCUUGAUCAAUGACCAGCUGAUAAAUCUACCUGUGCGUGUGUGU